ACAACUUUAAGAAUAGUCAAAACAAACUGCAACGUUUAGAUAUCAUAUGCAAUGCAAGUCAACUUUACCGGUAUCAAACAGUGUCUAAAGCUAAAUUAUUAUGCAAAUGUUUUUAAAUUGAAAACAUAGCUAAAAAAUUUGUGCUCACCACUGAGAAUAACAAUCAGAUAGUUGUAGGGGGUUUUAUUGUUAGAGGCGCAACGAAAUGCAAAACACGCAAAAGUUCUUCGUCAGAGCAAGUUGAGCGAAUACAUACGUAUAUAAUUCUUUAUUAAAAAUGGCUACUUUGGCAAAGCCAAAAAAAACCAAAGCUAAAAGGCAAAGGCCAAUCCACGAUCACACACAAACGAAUGAAGAAGAAGAGGAAGAAGAUAUUCGUCAGUUAUCAACAAGUAUAGUCCACGAACAAAGACAGCUAGAAAAUGCGUCGCUACUGGAGGAAUUCGAGCGUGUAGCUGCAUUGGCCAGCAGCGGCCACAGCAAAGCCGAAGACAUUAUUAGUCACGACUGUUGCAUAUCAAGUGAUAUAGUGCCCCAUGAGAUGACAAUACCAACGACGACAACUAAUACCCAAGCGUCGCAAGUAAUAGAGGAAGAACCGGGGCCAAUGCCUAGUGCACCAUGCGCACCCAUCGCACCAGUGAUCAAUGCUCCAAUAGUGCAAUACCCCAAUCUGCAGCCGAUACGGAUUAGCAAUGCGCUCAUCGAGGAGCAGAAAACGCCGAUUGUUUACAAGGAGCGAGUGGCGCGGUCACCGGGCUUUGCGCUGGCUAGCAGCCGUCUGAAACCGUUUACCAGCGAGCAGCUUAGACAAAUCUAUAAAUGCAGCGAUUUGGAGCUGGUCAAGCAAUUUGAAUUAGAUUUUUUAAUGAACACACUGCUCGAAUCGAGUGAAACAGAUCCGCUCCAUGUUGCACUCCAGGAGUAUUACGAGCUGCAAGGCAAGCUCUCAUCCAAUCUGCACGACAUCAAGGACAAGCGCAAGGAUUGUCUCGAUACGCAACAGCUAGUCUGGACACGGGAGUCAGUGACGCGCACGUUUAGCGCCAGCUGCGGCGACGGCAACGUUGUCCGGGAAAGCGUGACCUUUGAUCGCAUCAAAGUUGAUCCCAUUAAGUUGGAAUCUGCCACAGCGGCAUUGACAGUGCUCUACGAUCUGGUCUGUCAUACAUACACCACCAAUCUGAUAACAGCGAAGUUAACUAAAGUGAAGAUCGAUCAACUUAUCAAUGACUUGAUUGCGUAUCCUCAUAUAAAUGAACACGCAUCAAUCGUGCUGCACAACCAAUUGGAUGCAACUGCUCUGCAGUGUGUAGCCCAACUAAGACGUGGGAUUUGCAUCCUCUUUAACUUUGCACGGCGACCCAGCCCAAAUGCGAAUUUCGAUGCUGACCUUAAGCUUUGGCUACGCAAGCUGAUUGCCCUACAAUUGCUUCUGGCCACCAAGGAGGAUCAUUGGUUUUUGCUCUUUAAUAUCUUGCGUUGCCCAAACGGCGUUGGCGCCUGGGCAGCAGAAUUCCUGCAGCUACCAGGCAUGGUUCAAGCAAGCCCAAAGCCUAUGGGCACACAGCCCAAUGAACUCCCUCUGCCACUAAAUUCACCAGAAAUCAAUCAUUGCAUCGUGGUGCUGCAAAUACUUUUGCUUCCCAUCAAAAAGCGCAACGAUUAUCUUAAGAGCCAGGUACAAGCGCAGCGGGACCUCUCGCAACUAACUGGUGACGUUGAGCGUUGGACAGUGGUGGACUCGGAUGGCGAGGACACACUCACACCAACGGGCGAAUGUGUGGGCCUCAAGGAGACCGAUCUGAUAGCCCUACUCAAUCAGUUGCCUUUCGAUAAGCUCUUCACCUCUGCCUUGUGCAUCGAGAAGUUCCUAGAUGACUACAUCAUUGAACCAGAUAUGAUAACGCCCCAGCAGAUGCUCACUGUGGUGGCCUUUUUUGCACAACUAGUCGAGACACUGGGCGAGGGCAUGCUGACAUAUAACAACGAGCGCUACAAGCAGCUGGCCAAGCGUCUGGGACGCCUGAUUCGCCACUCGCUGCAAUAUGUUUCCGAUUACCACGAGCUCUUCCUGAGCAACAAUCUGACCAAGCCCGAAGAGCUCUGUGAACGCAUCGAGUUGGAAAUACAGGCUCUACUUAUACGCGCAUGCAGCUACAUAUAUCGCUCACGCAAUUUGGGCACCUGGCAAUACUUCUCCACAUUGCCUUAUACUACGCUUCAUGCGGAUAUUAUUUGGCAUUUGUUUUACUAUCUCAAUGUUGGCUUUCCCAGCGAUUUGACUACCCAACUGUCGGCUGAUCCGGAGUCAAUAUUUCAGAUGGAUUUCUGGAGCAAAUUCGAUAUAGCUAAUGCAGAUGUUUCCGCCGAGGAUAUGUACUAUCUGUUGCAGGCCUUUUUCGAGAUGGCCAAUGCACGUGAUCGCACGAAAGACUGGCCCAUAAUCCGCAUCAUUUGCUUGACCAUUUUCCAGAUUGGCUUUAUUCAUCAAACCACUCGCGAGUUCUGCUACAAAACCGCACGAGAUAUGUUGGUCAAUAUUACUCUGGCUUAUGAGGAGCUACUGGAUUGCGUGUUGCUGCAACUGAAGACGCGCUUUUCUGAGGUCGAUCAGACAGCAUAUCUAUUCAAAGCCCUGCCUUUGGAAAACUGGCACCCAAACAUGGACAGUUUUGAGCUACUGUCUAACUGGCUACUUCACUUUGAUUACCAAACAGCUGAAAACCAAUUGGCGCGCCUGAUCAUUGGCCAUCUCAACUGGGGUUUUGAUGACGAGGGUCGUCUUUAUUUGCCGCACAAUAUUCACGUACGCAUGGCUUGUCUCGUGGCUGAAGCCAUAACUAAGCAUGCGCCGGAAGUAAUUGGUGCCUCGAGCAUCUCGGAGAGCGUGCGGCAGGUCUCCUCACUGAUCGACUCGAGCCAAUCCAGUCGAGAGCAGUUUACUAACUGGUGCUGGCGCAUGAUCUCUAUGUUGCAUCUGCAUCUGAUGGAUCAGAGUGUCGAGUCUGUUAAGCGCACGCUACAGCAUCCCACGGAGCCGCUGCUCUUUGUGCCGGACCUGGAACGUUUGGAUAUGAUUUGGCAAGGCGUUACCGAGCAGCGUCCACUGGCAUUUUAUGUCGGGGUGUUGGUGAGCCUACAUGGCCACUCAAUACCUGUUAUAUGCCAGCAUGGCUUUGACCUGCUCCAACAGUUGCUCAACGAUCAUAGACAUGCGGCGGUCAUACGCAGCCUCGAGCUGAUUGUGCCGCUCUUCCUCGAAACCCCCGACACGCUAGCAAAUUGCGAAAGUUUUCAGAAACUGAUGCUAACGCUGCUCAAUGCGGACAGGACUUACUUAAAGCUGGCCAAGGAUAUGGUUUAUGCCAAUUCCAUUGGCCCCAUUCUUGAAUUGCUGGAUAAUAUGAUGCAUCACCAGAUUGUGUCUUACACAAGCUAUGGCCUCUGUUCUCCUCUGAAUCUAAUCAAUAUUUGGCUGAAUUGCCUUACUGCAUUACCUGGCUGGGCACAAAAUACGCACGUGCUAUAUCUCCUGGAUAAGAUGCUGCGCAUCGCAUACCAAUUUGCCGAUUGUCGCGCGCAGACUGUCGAGUUCUUUUAUAACUACUACAAGGACUGCAGCGACUGGAAGUUACCAUCAAAAUCCUCUGGACUAAAAUCAUUGUUCGGAGGACAAACCAAUUUGCGUAUACCCAUGAUCUUACCACAGACCUGCUGGUUAAAUCUUAUACUAUUGGAGAUUGAAUUCAGGCUGCAGGAUACUCGCUUUUGGCCAGAACUCCUACGCCAGCUCACCACGCAAACAGUAGAGAUGGCGCUUAAGAAAACUCUAUCGCUCAGCAAGACUACACUCUUUCCAGUGCAGAAUCUGGUCAUUUACAAGUACGCGCAGCUCUUGGCCAGCAUGGAUCCCAGACACGCUCUCUUUCCAAUCGUUUGUCAGAAGUUCUUUGAGCUUUAUCUGUGGCGGCUGCCGGCGGAAUAUACUAGCGAGAAUAUGAAUCUAAACUGUGGUGUGGCUGAAAAGUUUUAUGAGCACAACGUUCCACUGAUGAAGUCUAUCAAGACGCAGCUAAAGUCCGCCGAAGUAUAUUACGCUGCCAUUGCCACCAAGCGCGCCGAGGAUGAUGCAGCAGCGCACAUGUACCGCAGCUGCACCAAACUGAUGCAGAGCUGUGCCCUCUGGCUAGAGGAUACACAGAUUAAUAAGUUUGCCAGCGAUGCCUGUCAGUUGCCAGCACAAUACAACAAUGAGAAGCUGCGCGAGCUACUUAGCGGUCACGUCUCUCACUGGACAGAGUUUCUAAGCGCCAGUGAUCUGCGCAAGGAGCAGCGUCGUCAGGCAGAUCAAUGGUCGGCCAAGAUCUAUCGAGUGCAUCUCCACAAGGUGUUGCGCACGCCAUUGAAGCCGAAGCCGAGGCUGCCACCCGUCCAGCGCCUCAAAAUGCAUUUGGCAACCUAUGACAAACGCCUUCCGCCACCUAACCACAGUCGUCCGGAGCAAAUUGAGAAGCAGCCGAUCGAUGACAGUACGCUUUCCGAGCUAAAGCGUCGCAUACAAACUCUCAACAGCACAGCAAAUAAAUUCCAUUAUAACACGUCGGAGCUCAAUUCGCUCAACCUAAACUAUUUGGAACGCGUGCCAGCAUUGUACCAGAUGGUGCCAUACAACGAACUGCGUAGCAAGGAGUGUGAAUCCUUACUUUUCAAUCGCAAGUGUGUGCGUCCGGCGCAGAUCCAGCUAGUUCCGGAGCAUAUACGUCGCAACGAGCAGAUAGCGAGGAAGCAGGACCAAAACCGAGAACGUCAUGACAAGAUUGUGGAAGAGAUGCUGGCUCUGAAUGUGGACGGCUUUGCUCAGGCCAUCGAAGAGCUGGGUGGCUGCAUACAACAUCUGCUUCAUGAGCAGACCAAGCCUAACAAACGUGCCACGUCGAUUGGCAUAUGCUUUUUCUAUCAUGUUGUAGACAACAUGAACGAUAUAACAAUGAAGUUCCAGCCCACAAACAAAUUCUACUCGCAAGUGCUGCAAGACCUUGGCAUUUUCAUUCAAGCAGAGCAGGCAGAUCAGGGAUUGGAUGUGCUACGCUUGGCCCUGCGAAGAGGUGACCUUGUGGAGCUGCUGGCCGGUGUUUUUGUGCCCUGCCGCACUGACGCCGAACAUUUUUUGGAUAUGUAUGAAUUCCUCAUCGACUCGCAUCUAAAACGCUGCGACACUAAAAUUCUGUUCGUACUUCUGUCUAAGUUUGAUCUGCUCAGCUGGCUGGAGGCAUAUCAGCCAAAGCUAAGCGAAAUUAAUCGGCUGCUAUUGCUGGUGCUACAAGGUCUGGAGUCUUGGUCCCAGCCACACAGUAGCCUUUUGCAGGAUCAAUUCCGCCGGCAAUUGGUUCAUAUAUUUACUUACGAUUUUCCGCAGCAUUACGGUGAGGUCAUGCAGCUGGUGCUCGAUCGCAUAUCGGAUCAAAGGUUGAUGCCGGUGGUGCUGCUUGAUCUGCUUAAUGCGCUCUUAUCACCCGCAAGCUCUUCUCUGACACUGAACAGCUUGGAAAUGCAACUGCACGAAUUGGCAUCUGACUUUGCCCGUCGCCAAAAGAUGUUUACGCUGAAAGCAGCUACGGAAACGCUUUUGCUGUUUGCGCGUCACUUUCAAAAGGAGCGACUUCAUCAUGGUCUCUAUGGACUCUACCCCAAGCACAAGGACUACUGUUGGCCACUGGUUAUGUGGUUUACCUGCUUUGGACACGUGGUGCUGGCGGCCGCUAUUUGCAGCUAUCAAGAAUUACUGGCAGAUCAAAUCAGCGACAUUGUCUUUGGCUCCAUUGUGGAGACCUAUGCACCCUGGCUAAUCCCCUACACUGAGCAAACCGACCAGGCGGCAGGCGCUGCCGCACACUGGAUACGCCAGCUUAGCCCUGAUCAGGGCAAGAUAUUGCUUCCUUGGAGUGAACCGCAUGUGGACACCAGCAAACUGAUGAUCAGAUCUUUUAUAUGCAAUGUUUUACAGGUGGUGCAGUAUCUGCCCGCCUCCAACAAGAUUUUGGAGCACAUGUUCGCUUGGUAUGUGCAUCACUUUGCACAGCUCAACGUGGCUAGCCAUGUAUUGGCACCCAUUCACGACGGUCUGGCACAGUUGCCCUGGGAUCGAUUCCUGCCACCCGCCCAACAUAUUGAACUGCUCUAUGAGAGCUUGCAACGCUUCAUACCAGAGUCGCAUGCUAUGCUAGGUCACAUAUUUAUAAGGAUAGAUUGGAACACCUGGUUUUCGCACACGUCGCAACCGUUGACUCUCCUCUCGCACCUUUUUGUCAUCUUUAUCAAAAUGGCACUCGAGCCGAACAUUCACAUGCAUCCCAAUACAAGCAAGAUACUCGAAGACGCUAUCAACCAACCGUGGCAUCUUGUCGAAUACAGUGAGCUGGAACAGUUGCUCAAGUGGUUUGUGGCUCACGUUGACCCGGCCAUUGCUCUGAAGCUGCCUGCCGAAAGCAACUACGCUGAUCGCGCAGUGCUAGAACUUAUUCACGCAGCCUGCGCAAUGUUGCCAGAGAGCGACGUACAGGGUACUCUGGUGCAGGCCACGGCCAAGCGAAUGAUGUACACACGCUCCAUGGUCAGUAUGCACCGUGCCUGUGCGAUCAAACACAAGAAGCUGCUGGCCACCAAGGAGGGUGAACGUGCCUUUGCCGCAGCUUUUGAAAAGCUCUUGGAUUCCAUUGACGUAGUCAUUACCAGCAGCAGUCAGCGACGAACGCCGGAAGAGCAGCGACGCGAAGCACUCAAUCUGAUGCUUGAGCUUGUGGCACCCACGCAGACGCAAAGCGAGGAGGUAUCUAACCUCCACAUUGAAACUUUGGUACGAUGGCAACAUCGAUGUCCUCCAGCCAAUCCGGUCAUGUGCGCAGCUCUACCCGCCAUUGGCCAUCUAAAUACAUAUAUUUCUUGUAUCUAUACGCUUCUGGAGUCUAGCAUAGAAUGCUAUUUCCGCAGAUCGACAGAGCUAGCCGCUUGGCACUCACCUAGCUGGCAGGGUCUUUUCGAUGCGCUGCAAAUGUCGCUUCCCAAGCUGGAAUUGAUGCCUGUCAUGCGCGGCGGUUAUUUCUUUUCAUUGCACAUUUUUGUGCUCUACAAACUGGAGGAGAUUGAAACGGUUGGCGAAAAGGUCACCUUUCUGCAGGACCUGACGCAAUUGCUCGAAAAUCUGAAGACGAAUCCGCAGACUGAACCGCGCAUGGCGCUUGUCUGGGGUUUAAUCAUAUCACGUGGUUGUAAGCUACUUCAGGACUCGGAGCACAUUAAGAAACCGCUCUACAUGCUCGCGCGCCAGUUGCAGAUAGCCUCCACCAAAGCUGAGGGCUGGAGCGAUGGACUGCUGGGCGUGAUAGGCCUGAAAUCUGAAAACAUAACCAAUAAGCGCAAAGUGCUGACACGUUGUCUGGCAUGCAUUAUCUAUUCUCUCUUUCCGGCUAGUCGUGACCUGCGACUGCCGUGCGAGGAGUAUGAGAGCGCCAUGCGGGAGCUGGCCAUGCUGUUGGCCAAUAAAAAAUUCGUGGACGUUAAGCCGCUGGUCGUCAGGGCCAUAAGCAUUCUGAAAGAGCAGCUUAUGCCCGAUCUGCGUUCUGUUCCCCAUUUGAUAUGCCGUCUUAUUGAUGUCUUUUAUGAGGAGAGCUAUCUAACGACCAUUCCGGAGGUAUGGGAUUGCGAUUACAAGCUAAAAGCAACAUAGUUAUAAUUGUGGCAGCCAAUUGUGUUACUUUUCUACAAUUUAUAGAUUUAUACAUACACAUUUA